UCCCCUGGAUUUCAGCAUCAUUUAACUUGAACCUUGUUGCAAUAAGUUUCAAGAUUGAGGGAUGUACGGAGUAGUCUCUUAAGCUUUCCCACAUUCUUAUGAAAACUGAGCUACUCAUUUUCUGAACAUUCUUUCUUGUACUCCAUAUGAUAAUCUGUAAUCUUCACAAUAGUUUUUUUUGAUUUUCUUCAUAAUCGAAACUGCGCCUUUGUGGAAGUACUAUCCCGCAAACAAUUAUGGCCUUCAGAUGGAAGGCCUUGACCAUCGCUGCUGCAAUUUUUCUUCUCCUUAUUAUCUACCAAAGGCCCGCGCUUAAAAGUUACCAAGAAUCAUAUGAUCGGACAGAACCUAUAGUUCAGUCGGCUCCAAAAGAGGGAGGAAACAAAUUUCGAUGGUCCGAGGUCCCACACAGUUUUCCUGUUACAGAUUUCAUACCUCUUCCAACAAAUCCCGCCACAGCCAUACCGAGAAUUCAACAUCAAUUCGGAAAAGAAUCGCAAGCCGAAAAAUCAGUGAGACUAGCUAGACUUGAGGCUGUCAAAAGCAAUUUUACACAUGCCUGGAAUGGCUAUGUUAGUCAUGCAUGGUUGAAAGAUGAGGUAAUGCCUCUAUCAGGUGGAUCAAUGGAUCCGUUCGGCGGAUGGGCCGCAAGCUUGGUCGACACUCUUGGUCGGUAACACAGCUCAGAUAUUCAUGCUUUUGUACUAAACCUCUUUCUAGAUACACUCUGGAUCAUGGGUAUGCAUUCAGAAUUCGAAGCUGCUGUCGAAGCCAUUCAAGCAAUUGACUUCAGUACUUGCGCUCUUGAGCAAAUUAAUGUUUUUGAAACCACUAUUAGAUACCUGGGCGGCUUUCUCUCCGCUUACGAGUUAAGUGGAGAAAAGUAUCCAGUCCUACUCCAGAAAGCGACGGAGAUGGGAGAAAUGCUGUACAAGUCAUUUGACACACCCAAUCACUUACCUAUUUUGCGAUGGUACUACCACAUUGCUGCCACUGGAGCCAAACAAGAAGCAGAUGACAAUGUUCUUGAAUCUGAGAUUGGCUCAUUGACGUUGGAAUUCACACGUCUUGGCCAGAUUACAGGAGAUCCACGAUUCUACGAUGCAGUUCAGCGCAUCAUGAAUAUCUUUGACGAGCAGCAACCCACAUCGAAACUGCCCGGAAUGUGGCCUGUGAUUGUGAAUGCGAAAGACAAGAACUUUGUAGACUAUGGGGGUUUUACUAUUGGUGGUAUGGCUGAUUCAUUGUAUGAGUACUUGCCCAAGGUCAGCUUCCACCAUAUUCAAUGAGAGCCAAGAACUACAUGCUAAUAUCUAAUAGCAACAUUUAUUACUUGGAGGUGCGACUCAACAGUAUAGGAGAAUGUAUGAGUAUGCAAUGAUUGCAAUGAGACGCAAUAUAUUCUUCCGGCCAAUGACAAAGAAUGGUGAGGAUAUUCGUUUGCCAGGAAACGUAGAUAGCGAUGGUAAGACAUUGGUCACAGAACUCAAGACUCAAGGAGAGGCGCAACAUCUUGGUUGUUUCGCAGGAGGAAUGGUUGCCAUUGGUGCAAAGAUAUUUGAAAACGAACAAGAUUUAGAACUGGCUAGAAAACUUACUGAAGGAUGUUUGUGGGCUUAUGAAAACAUGCCACUUGGCAUCAUGGCUGAAAAGAUGCACAUGGUUCCAUGCGAAAACGAAAAUUAUUGUCCCUGGGACGAGCAAAAAUGGCUGGAGGGGAUCGACAAGGAUACUGAAGGCAAUGAGACUGUUCAUGAAAAGAUACAGCAACACCGACUCAUACCUGGAGUCACCAAGUUUGAUGACGGACGCUAUAUUCUCAGGUAAUAAUUCUCAUUUUUGUCUCUUUGGCAAAGUAUCUAACUCUCAGUAGACCUGAAGCAAUAGAGUCCGUCUUUAUACUUUACCGCAUCACUGGCGACCCCAAGUUACAAGAACGAGCUUGGACAAUGUUCAACAAUAUUAUCAAGCAUACAAUCACCGAUAUUGCGCAUGCUGCUCUGGACGAUUGCACCGUCUCAGAAAAUCCCCCUAAGGCUGAUAGGAUGGAGUCGUUUUGGAUGGCUGAAACUCUUAAAUACUUCUACCUUAUUUUUGCCGAUGCAGACUUGAUCAGCUUAGAUGAGUAUGUGCUCAACACGGAAGCACAUCCCCUAAAGAGGCCUAACUAGUUGUUGUGACCUUGAGUAAUAUUUUUGAAUGUCAAAAUUGUUUAGAGUUAUUAGUCAGGCUCAAGGAUUUGCCAACCUUCGUGUUAAGACUUAUAAUUUUGCAUAGAAAUUUUUAAUAGUGUUAAUUGUAUUCGAACAUUGCUCAAAUCUCUUUC